AUGGUUUUAGCAGCUGUACGUGGCAUUGUUCAUCCCGGCGCCAUGGUGUGCUAUGUAACAGUGCUGUCGGAUGAGCAGACGGUCGUCGAAGAAGCCACGUAUAUGUCCCUGGACUGGGACAGCGCUCGAUAUCCCGUUUGUGAAACCAGAAGUUCCCAGACCAUCGCCGUGCGAAGUGUACUUCUGUGCUUUCGGGGCGGUGUGUAUGGUCAACUUGAGCAGCAACACGCCGUACUGUCUUGUCAACACCGAUGCCAGCCAGUGUUCGCACCUGUGUGCGGCAGCGACAACGUCACCUACGCCAGCGAGUGUCUGCUGCAGAAGGCGGCGUGCGUGCACCAGAAGCGAAUCAAAGUCAAGCAGCCAGGUGUCUGUGGUAAGCGAGACCCUUGCGAGGGCAAGGUGUGCAACUAUGGCGCCAAGUGCCAGCCCAGCGUGGAUGGCAAGACAGCCAGGUGUCAGUGUCCCUCCGAGUGCUACCGCUACGGCGACAACCUGGGCAGCAAGCCCGUGUGCGGCAGUGACGGCAUGGACUACAACAACAUCUGUGAGCUGCACAAGGCGGCCUGCAACAAGCUGCAGGACAUUCGAGUCAAGUACUACGGAAAAUGCGACCCAUGUGCAGGUGUCAAAUGUAAUUCACCUGAGAUUUGCCAGGUGGAUGAGCAACGCAAGCCAGUGUGUCGCUGUAAGUUUCUGUGCUUCAAAGAGUUGGACCCCGUGUGUGGCACUGAUGGGAAGACUUAUAGUAACACUUGUUACAUGCACAAGGAGGCUUGCAAACUGCACAAACAAAUCUCAGUUCUUUACAAAGGAGAAUGCAGUGCAGGAACUAGCAUAAUCUCGGGUACAGUUCAGGAUGAGUAUAGUAGACAUGCCAACAACCCUUGCAACAAGGUCCAGUGUGGCCCAAUGGAAGAGUGUAGUGUUGACCGCAAUGGUAUGGCAUCUUGUGUUUGCCCCCUGCACUGUGAACCAGUCAUACGGUAUGUUUGUGGCAAUAACAGCAGGACAUACGACAGCGAUUGUGAAUUGCGAAAACAGGCUUGCCUUUUGAAGGAGUAUGUUGCUGUUGCCCAUACUGGCCAGUGUGGUCAAGACAUUCCUUGUAAAGGGCACACAUGCACAAGAGGAAUGGUCUGCCAGGUGAUCGAUGGCCAGCCUACCUGUGUUUGCCCUCAAUGUUCAGAACAGUACAACCCUGUGUGUGGAGAUGAUGGCAUCACAUAUGAGAAUGAGUGCAAACUCCAACAAGAAAACUGUGAAACGGGCAAAGCAGUACAAGUUAAACAACGUGGGCUCUGCAAUGGCUGCGGAGAUCACAGGUGUGAGUUCUAUGCUAUAUGUGAGAGCAUAGGUAACCAGCCAAGGUGUGUGUGCCCAUCUUCUUGUGUUCAGGUUGACCUACCUGUCUGUGGAUCUGAUGGCCGCACGUACUCCAAUGAAUGUCUGAUGCGUGUUGAGAGCUGUCACCGCAGACAACUCAUCACCAUCAAAUCCAGAGGCUCUUGUGAUGUAUGUGCUGAUGUUGUCUGUGAACAUGGUAGCAGAUGUGAAAAUGGAGUGUGCGUCUGCCCCAUCAUUUGCCCAACAGCUGGUGAAGCUGUGUGUGGUACUGAUGGACGCACUUAUGUCAAUCGGUGUGAACUUUGGAAAAUCUCUUGCACUCAGCACAUAGACAUUGAGGUUGCAAAAGCAGGCGAGUGUGAAGGAGAUAUUGACCAAUCAGGGUCUGGAGCAUCUGAAGCUUUUGUAGAGGGCUCUGGAUUCAUUGUGGAUGAUGAAGACUGUGAUGAAGAAACAUGCUCCAAAUAUGGCGGAAGAUGUGUUGUGCAGAUAAAUGGCAAUUUUCACUGCGUUUGCUCCUUGGGCUGUGAAGCUAUCAGAUCUCCAGUAUGUGGGUCUAAUGGGCAGUCCUAUGGCAAUGAAUGUCAGAUGCGUCAAGCAGCAUGUAUGCUGCGCCAAACUAUCACUGCUGUUUCCAUGGAGAAUUGUGGUGACUCAGAGUUUGAUAGUGAUGAGCCAUGUGAUGGUGCCAUUCCACUUGUAGACGAAGCAACUGGCCAUGACUAUGACUGCUCCUCAGGAAUGGACAUGUGCCCAUCAGGCAGCUAUUGCCACAUCACACCCAACUUUGCCAAGUGCUGUAAGGAAGAUGUUCAUUUGAGCAUGCAAUGCAGUGAUACUCCAUUUGGCUGUUGUAAGGAUGGUUUCAUGCCAGCGAAAGGUCCAAAUAAUGCAGGCUGCCCAGAAUCUUGUCACUGCAAUUCUCUGGGUUCAUAUGGAACGACUUGUGACCCUGUUACACGUCAAUGUGUCUGUAAAUCUGGAGUUGGAGGUUUGCGAUGUGACCGAUGUGAAAUUGGCUUCUGGGGCAUGCAGAAGAUAGCUGAGGGAAAUAGUGGCUGCAUCCCUUGCAACUGCAAUCCUCUGGGGUCAGAACGUGAUGACUGUGCUCAGAUGAACGGACGCUGCAUGUGCAAAGCUAAUAUCUCUGGCAUGAAGUGUGAUCAGUGUAACAAUGGCAAUGUUCUGGGACCUUUAGGAUGCUUAGGUCCCAGCUCCAGCCCUAUGCAUUCAUGUGAUGACUUGAACUGCAAAUAUGGUGCCACCUGUCAUAUGAAGAAUGGAGUGCCAGAGUGUACUUGUGACUUUCAGUGUGACAACAGCGAGAAGAGUCGUGACAUUGUAUGUGGUACUGAUAACCAAAAUUAUGGGUCAGAGUGCGAGUUGAAACUGCUAGGCUGCCGACUGGGGCUAGAAAUUGAUGUAGCAUAUCGUGGACCAUGUAGAGCUCUUCCAGCAACACGCACGACCACAGCUUUGCCAUCCACUUCAAGGUCACGAAAAACUACACGACAUAUCACAGGUGAAACUUCAGAGUCAGACAAUUACUCGUCUGGAACACGAAGACCAGAACAUGAAGCUGAAAAACCAUCUGAAGAGAAAUGUUCUGGUAGCUAUAUUGAUGGUCUCUGCCUCUCUGACGACAACUGCUGCUCUAAUAACAGCCAUUGCCGGUUGGGAUUGUGUCGUUGUUUGCCUGGCUUUGUCGCUUCAGUGGAUAAUCGGAGAUGUAUUGAACUAAAGAGAGAGGAGCCUUCUAUCAUUACACUGGCCCCAGAGAAAGAUGUUUGUGCUGACAAUCCUUGUUAUGCUAAUGGCAAGUGUGAGCUGGAUGAGAUACUGGGGUACCGCUGUGUCUGCCCAUUAGAACGAUCUGGACCUCUCUGCAACAGACAGUCUGAAUUUAAGGUUCCCUCCUUUAGUGGAAGAUCUUACAUUCAGCUGCCACACAUACAGAAGGCCAGCCGGGACCUGAGCAUAGAGGUGGUUUUCCAGACACUUAACACUGAUGGUAUCAUUCUUUUCAAUGCUCAGAACCCAGAUGGAACUGGAGAUUUUGUUUCUCUUACGGUCAAUGGUGGAUUUGUUGAGUUCAGAUUUGACCUCGGAGCUGGUGAAGCCAUAUUACGCAGUCGCAACCCAGUGGAACCAGGUCGAUCACAUCGAGUGAUUGCUCGACGCAUCCAGGCAUCUGGCUACUUGAUCGUUGACAGUGACCCCGAUGUGACAGGCAACAGCCCCAUCACUCAUGUUUCUCUAAAUCUUAACGACCCACUGUACCUUGGCUUCGUCCCUAAGGUCUCACAAGAAGUGUAUAACCGUAUUGGUGUCACCCUGGGACUUGUGGGGUGUAUCCAUUCCCUAAGAGCAGGCAGUCGUGAUGAAAUGAUCCCCUUCAAUCUAGAGUUAAACAGUCCUGAGUCAGACAUCCUCAGCGGCGCCGAUGUCAGUGAAUGCGGCUCAAAUCCAUGCAAAAGCAUGCCGUGUAAAAAUGGAGGAACAUGCCUGGUUCUUGAUGCAGAGAUGUUUGACUGCAAAUGCCAGACUGGCUACAGAGGAGUGCUGUGUGAUGACCUUGUUGACUCCUGUGCCAGCCAGCCUUGUCAGCAUGGUGGUACAUGUACGAAGAUCAGAUCACCAGAUGGAUUCGAGUGCAAAUGUACUGAGGGGAGGGAGGGUGCUCGUUGUGAAAAAGAGUCCAUGCCACAAGUAUUUGUACCCAAGUUCACAGGCAGCUCCUACAUGGAAAUUCCUCUGCUGGACAAAGUUGAAGAUUCUCUCUCCAUUGAGAUCUGGUUUCGGCCACUACAACCUAAUGGUGUUCUGUUCUUUGCAAGCCAGCUGCCUGGCGGUGUUGGUGACUUCAUUUCCCUCAAUCUAGUGCAGAAGAAACUUCAGUACAAAUACUACCUAGGUGGUGGAGUGGGAAUUUUAGAAAGCAAAAAGACAGUGCAGUUAGAUACAUUCCACAAGGUGCUGGUCAGUCGUGAAGGGCAGGAUGGAAUGAUGAUAGUCAAUGACCAGCCUGCUGUCAAAGGACAAGCCCAAGGUAUCCUAACACAACUGAAUCUUGCACAAUCCCUCUUCAUUGGUGGUUUUGACAACAUCAGGAACACUCCUGCUGAGUCAGGUAUAGAGACUGGCUUCACAGGUGCCAUCCAGAGGGUAAUCAUUAAUGGCAAGACAGUGGACAACUUGAUGGCCUCUGCAAGAAAGAUGUCUAAUAUCACAAGCUACAAUGGGCCACCAUGCAAUAUUAACCCUUGCAUGAACAAUGGCAUCUGUAUCCCAAUCCUCAAUAAGGCUGAGUGCCAUUGUCCUUACAACUUUAUGGGGCAGCACUGUGAAAAACGUGCUGAUCACAUUGACAAAGAUCAACCUGUUAAAUUUGAGGGCAACACAUUCUUAAACUACCCUAACGAAGUCCAACGAAGAUUUAAUAAUGGCGAUAAUGGCAAUGGAAAACAACCUGCCCAGCGGUCUAAUGAAGUGUAUGUACGCUUUAAGACCACAUCAGACAACGGGAUGAUACUCUUCCAACACAAGGGUAACACUGUUCGAGGAGAUUACUUAGCCUUAGCUGUGAUACGAGGCCAAGUGGAGUUCAGCUACAAUCUUGGCAAACAAACAGAAAACAACCUACACAUCCUCAGAUCUACAGUGGAUGUUGCUGAUGGCCAGUGGCACACAGCUACAGCAACUAGAGACCUAAGAGAUGGAAUGCUGAAGGUAGACAUGGAACCUGAAGUCAGACUCAGUUCUGCUGAAGGUUCAUCGCAGCUGGAUACUGAUGGAACCCUCUGGGUUGGAGGAAAAGCAAGCAUGCCAUUGGGUUUUCCGCAAGAAUAUUAUGACGGCUUCCAGGGCUGUAUAGAAGAGAUCAAAGUGAAUGGUCAGCAACUUCACUUGGUAGACCAUCGUAAUGGACAUGGCACUAUUGCCUUCUGCUCAUAGAGGGUCCUGAGACUGCAGACAUUUAGGCAGCUUCGUACUGUGUGUGAAUGUUUCGAAGUCUGUGCAGUCAAGAGAUUAACACUAAUGAACGAUCUUUCUCAUCCCUCCAUUAUGUGGCACACAUUUUCCAAUUCCCCCUGUGCCUUCCCAUCCUCAGCAUUUUUCUUUGCACAUAUUGUGUUCCGACAUAUCAAUGUAUGUACUCAGUUCACAGUAUUUGUCCUUUUAAUGUACACUCAAAUAACUUGGUUGCUUAGAUUGCACUUGGUGUACUCAUUAAAUUUGAGCUGGACCCUGAUGACAAUUAAAACAAAAAACUCCACGAA